AUAACAUAACACAAUGUACACAGCAAUCAACAAGCCGCUAUGAACUAAGUGUACUUUCUAUAGCACCCAUAAUAACUUGAUUAUUACUCUUGGCAAAUAAAUUGACAAUAUGAUGUAAAUAUUAACUAUCCAAUUUGAGUUACUUUAUCUUUUAUUAAGUUAUAGAUUUGAAAGUAAACAAUCAUGGUUCUCGGACCAUUAGACCAUUCUGUUCAAACAGAUAUAAUUUUUGUCAUUGAGAAGACAGCUAUGAAUUCCUACAUUAGCGAAUUAAAAGCUAAUUAUGUUACUCCUACUUUAGAGUAUUUUAAUCAAGGAACUAUUGAAGAGCGAGAAUAUUUGUCUGAAAACAGUAGUGCAAUCUAUGGAAUUGUUGUCUAUGAAGCAAAUGACUGUAAACCAUAUCCUUGUUGUAGAACAUAUGGAACCUAUACUAGUCCCCAAAAAGUUAUUAAAAUUAUUGAAAAAAUUGAUAUGAUUGGUGGCAUGGCCGAGUCUCAUGCUUAUAUGGGGGAAGGUUUGGCUACAGCAUUAGUGUUUUUUGAGGAUUUACAAGAAAUACGUGAAGCUAAACAAAGACAUUGUAUACUUAUUUGCAACUCGCCUCCAUAUAACUUUCCAGUUAUGGAAUGUGAAUCUUAUGCAGGCCAUAGUGUUGAUCAAUUACUAAAUUUAUUUAAUGAAAGAGGAAUUCUUUUGUCAAUUUUAUCUGCCAGAAAAACUCCAACAUUUUUAAAGUUGUUUGAAAAAGCAGGAGGAGAUUUGCAAAUAUCUCAAAGCAAAAACUAUGCAAAAGAUCCAAGACAUUUGAUUUUACUAAAUGGAUACAGUUUAAAAGAGCGACAAAUGAGCCCUUGUCCUCCUACAACUCAUUCAGGUCUUUCAUUAACUAGUCCAUUAUCCAAUAAUGUUAAUAUUGGAUCUCCAGUUGCUCCUUGCACUGUACCAUUUAGAACCAAUAAUACGGUGUUAGCUAUGCAAAAUCAAGUACAACAACAGCAGCAACAAGCCGCACAAGCUGUUCAACAAGCUGUCGCUGUUGCUCAACAGCAACAACAACAACAACAGCAACAGCAACAACAAGUUCAACAGCAACAGUUGCUACGAAAUCCUACUCCAAAUCAACAAUAUACCAAUAUGGCUAAUAAUACUGGAUUUAUUAGACCACCACAAGCACGCAAUUGGCAAAUGAUGCAGUCACAACAACGUCAACCUAAUCAAGCUAGUGCAUUAAUAGCACAAUUAUCUACACCAACAUUUCAACAGAGACUUGAUAUGUCUUCUCAACAAAUACAACAGCAACAACAGGUACAACAACAUCAACAAGUUCUACAAACCCAACAAGUUCAAAAACAACAGCAACAGCAACAACUUCAUCAGCAGCAACAAAUUCAACAACAGCAACAACAAAUUCAACAACAGCAACAACAAAUUCAACAACAGCAACAAAUUCAACAACAGCAACAACAACAACAGCAACAACAACAGCAACAACAACAGCAACAACAACAACAAAUUCAACAACAGCAAAUUCAGCAACAGCAACAACAACAAAGAGCCAUGCAAAUGUUCAAUCAGCAACAACAGCAAGCUCAACAACAACAGCAACUCCAACAGCAGCAACAACAAAAUGGAGCAGGUAGACAAACCAUAUGGACAGGAACUUUAGAAUGGAUUGAAAAAUCAAAAAGUAUUAAUGAUGCACAAAAAAUUACUAGGAGUGUACCAUGUACAGUUUCAGCUACUAUGAAAAAUGGAGAACCAGAAUUAAAAGCAGAAACAUGGCCUGAAAAAUUAAUUAUGCAGUUAAUGCCAAAACAUUUAAUUGGAAGUAUAGGAGGAGCGCAUUUAAAAGAUUCAAAGUCUGUUGUUUUUCAGCCAACACCUUGUGACUCAUUAGAAUCAUUAACAAAAUUUAUGAGUAAUGGUUAUGCUGGCUGUGUUCACUUUAAUAGUGCUCCAACUUCACAUAAUUGUGAUAUAAAAGUCUUGAUACUUUUAUAUACAUCUGAUAGGAAAGCAUUCUUAGGUUUUAUUCCAAAUGAUCAAGCAGCAUUUGUUGAUAGACUACGGAAACUUAUACAACAUCAAAAAGCUUCCACGGCUAUGUUACGACAAGGCCAAGGAACUAUUGGAAUGAAUCAAGGAGGUAUGCCAAAUCAAAUGCAGUUAUCUCCUGGAAAUAGUAUACCAAAUGUUCAAGUGGGAUCAAAUCAAAUGUCAGGUUUAAUUCCUAAUAGUACUCUAGCUGCUACAUUACAAAAUCAAUCACAAUCCAAUUUAGCUGACUUGAUGGGAACAAAUUUUAUUCCACAAAGUCCUCAAGUCCCAAAUAAUGCACCCGGUAUUCAAAUGAUGCCUGGCAGUACUCAAGGUGGUGUUCAAACAGGAAACAAUCCAAAUAUACCUUUACAAACAAAUGUUCCUGUGGGGAAUGUAGGAAUUCGACCCUCUCAGGCACAAUACAGUGAUCAUAAUAUAGAAUUAGCCAGAAAACAAAAUUUAGCUAAAAUACAACAGCUAAGACAAACUUUAGAGGCAGCUCAGGCACAAGAGUUACAGUAUAAAUCUCAAAUGGAACCGAUUCAGAGUCACCAGAUGAAUAUUCCACAGAUGCAACAACGUUUAGAGCAGGCUCAAAUGCAAGAAAACAUAUUAAAAUCUCAACUUGAGAUUCGUAACCAGAUGAAUGUACCUCAAAUGCAACAAAAUCUUGAACAUGCUCAGAUGCAAGAAACCAUAUUAAAAGUUCAACUUGAACACCAGCAAGAAGAACAAAAUAAAUUGAGAAAUCAACAGUUUCACAUUCAGCAGCAACAACAGCAUCAACAGCAACAGAGGCAUAUGAUUCCAGGAAAUCAAUCUAAUCAACAAAUUAUGGGUAAUAAUCCACCUCAACAGAGAAUGCAAAUGAGACCGGUUAUGUCUAGUAACCCUGGAUUGAGGCACCUACUACAACAACAGCCCCAGUACAGACAACAAAUGAUGGGUAUGCAACAAGGUGGUAUUCAAAAUAGAGGUCAAACACAACAACAACAGCAGCAGCAACAACAACAACAAUUUGAUGAUGUUUCUUCAUUUGAUUUUUUAAAUUAAUAAAAUAAAUUUUUUUCUAGUA